CUCCCGGAAGUUGUUAUACCUGAGGCGGAACCGGAAGUCCCUUCCAGGUGCUGGUGCCACGUCCGUCGCUGUGCUGCGGUGUCCCAGAGUGGGACUUUGGAGGGCGAGAUGGCUGAUUGGACUCGCGCUCCGAGCUCUGGUGCUGUGGAGGAGAUUCUAGACCGAGAAAACAAGCGGAUGGCUGAUAGCCUGGCCUCCAAGGUUACCAGGCUCAAAUCGCUGGCCUUGGACAUCGAUAGGGACACAGAAGACCAGAACCGAUACCUAGAUGGCAUGGACUCAGACUUCAUGAGUGUGACUGGCCUACUCACAGGGAGUGUGAAGCGCUUUUCCACAGUGGCACGGUCUGGGCGAGACAACCGGAAGCUUCUGUGUGGUAUGGCCGUGGUCUUAAUUGUGGCCUUCUUCAUCCUCUACCAUCUCUUAUCGAGGUCAAGGACGUGAGCCAAUGGGAGCCAAGGGCAGCCAGGCUCUCCUACAUCUGGUUUCCUGAGGACCUGAUUCCAAAAUAGAUUCCUUUGAAGUUAUCAUCAUGGGUCAUUCAUCUUCCUAAGAUGGGACAACUGCAGCUGCCUCUGUCAUAAUGAGCUCAUGUCCUGUGUAUGAAGGAGGAAGAAAAAGGCAACCCAACCCUACUCCCUGGUGCUGGAGACACUGUUAGAGCCAGAGCCAGAGCCACACUGUGUGAGAAAGAACCAUAUCUAAACAAAGCAUCUACGAGUCCUGCAUUUGCCCAAUGUGGCCGACAGCCUCAGAAGCCAGCAUUUUAAGGGUCUUCUGUCUUGACCUAACUUGUCUAUGUCUGGUUAAGACCAUCUGUGUUCUUGAGGAGUCUGGAGCUGACACCGAAAGGGAAUAUGGCCAUAAACCCUCUUCAAAUGCUGGCCUGGUCAUCAGGAUGGAUAUGGCAGUAACUCCAGGCAGAGGCCAGGAAUCAAGGCCGUACCCACCAGUCAGCUGCUGAAGUCAGACCCCAGGGAAGAGGCAAUGCUGUGGUAGAGGAGUGGACUGCAGCCCUUGUUAUCAGCAUUGAGCUAAGAUCCUUCUGGGCCACAAGACCAUGUGUCCAGGAGCUGAAAUAUGUGUCCUUGGGACUAAGAAUCUUCUCAGUGCCAAAGAUGUACCCAUCUCCAGGCAAACAGGCUGAGAAAUGGUAUAGUGUGGCUUUUCAAAGCCAGGCAGUACUGGAGUGGUCUUUGUGCUAGGGCUCCUUAUGGGGCAGAAAGCCACCUAUGAGAGAAUUUGUGGCAGGGACUUUUUGGCUUUGUACUGAACCUUGCCCUACUCUGUACAGCCAGUCUCCCACGCUGGGGGAGCUUGAGCCACCUCCUUGUUGCAUAACUAACUCCACAGACUUGUGUCUCCCUGCUUUCCCGGUCCGCCCUCCUUGGCUAGUCCCAUUUGUACACAAACUGACCAGUGGAGCUGACGGGACAACAGUUUAUGAGAGCCCAGCACUUUUGGUUUUCACAUAAAAUGUCUAAGAAAUGAA